AUGUCCACCGGUUCCGUGAGUGAUACUGAAGACCUCCAGGAGCUGUCAAUCACUCGUUCUCUACAAGACUCUGAAGAUGAGUUCGGCAUGGAUGACAAUCUGAAAGGAAAAACCAGCAAUAAGAAGCAGCAAGAGAAGAGGGCAAAGGAUGGAACGAAAUCUCAAAGAAACGCUGCUAAUGCCAGAGAAAGGGCGAGGAUGAGAGUUUUGAGCAAGGCUUUCUCACGACUGAAGACCAGCCUGCCGUGGGUUCCUGCAGACACCAAACUAUCAAAACUGGACACUCUGCGUCUGGCAUCCAGCUAUAUAUCUCACCUCAGACAGCUUUUACAAGAGGACAGAUAUGACAAUGGCUUUGUGCAUCCUGUGAAUUUGACGUGGCCUUUUGUGGUUUCUGCUCGAUCAGAGGACACUAAAGACAUUUCAGCAGCGAUCAGACUAUGUGGAGCUACAGCAUAA